CGGAGCGCUGCGGGUGGACUGAGUGCGGUUCAGUCAAAUAGAGAAAACACGAACAGCGUUUACUCUGAAUUACUGAGGAAAGCGAAGGAAUAAUAAAAACAUAGGAACACAGUGAAAUGAUUGAAACUUUGGGACGAUAAAAAGGCAGAUUUUCUUCUCGUGUGUAGGAUGUUGAUGUGCGUUCAAAGCAGCCUGAAGAUGUGGAUGAGGAUGAGAAUGAGCGGCUCCAUGAGGAAGGUGCAGGUGGUGCUGUGCGUCCUGCUGCCGUGCGCUCUCCAACUGUGCGGCGCGGAGACACAAGGAGGUGGACCGGUUGUUUGCUACGGCACCAAGAACGGUCUCAGCACGACCGCAAAUUCAGAGCUGGAGUACAACCAGACGAAGGAGAGGUACACCGGCUGCGACAUUGUGAUCGGAAACCUGGAGAUCACCAUGAUGGAUCACACCAGAGACUUCAGCUUCCUGCAGUCCAUUAAGGAGGUGACGGGCUACAUCUUGUUUGCCCUCAAUGUGUUCAGCCGCCUCCCUCUUGACCACCUGCGUGUCAUCCGAGGCACCACGCUCUAUGAGGACCAGUACGCCUUGGCUGUGAUGAUCAACUACCAGAGAGACGGACAACACGGUCUCCAGGAGCUGGGCCUGACACACCUUACAGAGAUACUGGAGGGAGGAGUGAAGAUCAUCCAGAACAAGUACCUGAGCUACGCCCCGCAGGUGAACUGGCGGGAUAUAGUGAAGGAUGAAAAAGCUGACAUUAUGAUUGAGGACAACGGGCCGAAAAUGCCUUGUGACAAAGCAUGUGGAGACUUGCCAUGUUGGGGUCCAGGAAAUGACACCUGCCAGAUCUUGACAAAGACUGUGUGCGCCCUUCAGUGUAACGGCCGAUGCUUUGGUACAAAACCGAGCGACUGCUGCCACAGUGAGUGUGCUGGAGGCUGCACUGGACCCCUGGAUACAGACUGCUUUGCUUGCAGGAACUUCAACAACUUGGGCUCCUGUGUGCCCCAGUGUCCCCAGACUCUGAUCUACAACAAACAUACCUUCAAAAUGGAACCCAACCCCAAUGCAAAGUACCAGUACGGCUCUCUUUGUGUGGCCCAGUGUCCCACAAACUUUGUGGUGGAUGGCAGCUCAUGUGUGAGCAGCUGCCCGUCUGAUAAAAUGGAAGUGGAGAAAAACGGAGUGAAAAUAUGUGAGCCCUGUGGAGGCCUCUGUCCCAAAGCUUGUCAUGGCACAGGAAGUCCAACCAGCCAAACCGUCGAUGCUCAUAACAUAGACAGUUUCAUAAACUGCACCAGGAUCCAGGGCAGUCUUCACUUCCUGGUGACCGGGAUAGAAGGCGAUCGUUUCAUGGGAGUACCACCCCUCGACCCAGAAAAACUGAAAAUCUUCAGUACUGUGCGGGAAAUCACAGGAUACCUCAGUAUCCAUUCGUGGCCUGAAAACAUGACGGACCUGUCAGUCUUCUCCAACCUCCAAACAAUUCAAGGCAGAACAUUAUAUAGGGGCUACUCUCUUCUAGUGAUGGGGAGCGAAUCUCUGAAGUCUCUGGGUUUGCGCUCGCUGCGAAAGAUAAAUGACGGCGACAUCAAUAUCAGAGGAAACAAGAAGCUCUGCUACCAUAACACUGUCAACUGGACACGAAUCCUAAGCAGCAGCUCCCGUCCACAGAGACGGCAGAAGCACAUCGAUGUGAAGGAGAACCGACCUUUAAAUGAGUGCGUGAAUGACAACCACGUGUGCGACCCCCUGUGCUCCUCUGAUGGCUGCUGGGGUCCCGGACCAAACCAGUGUGUCUCCUGUAACAAGUACAGCAGGGGAGGAACAUGUGUUCCAGACUGCAUGUUCUUAUCUGGGGAGAAGAGGGAGUUUGCUACUCCAUCAGGGGAGUGUAUGCCCUGUCACCCUGAGUGUAAAGUCCAGGAGGGGAAGCAGACUUGCACAGGCCCGGGAGCGGAUCAGUGUGUAGCAUGUGCUGGCCUGCAGGAUGGUCCACACUGUGUGUCCUCAUGUCCUGAAGGUGUGAUGGGAGGAGAGGAAGUCAUCUUCAAAUACCCCAACAAGCAGGGCCACUGUGAACUGUGACAUGUCAGCUGCACGGAAGGGACUUACCGAAUGCCAUGAAUGCUGCUGAGAUCACAGAUAAGUUGGGUUACACUCUCUGCGUCACCGUAACUGGUACAUCCAGGCCACCUGCGCCACCAGCGGCGACGGCCUCUACGAGGGCCUUGAUUGGCUGGCCAAUCAACUCAAGAACAUCUUGCUGUAUUACAAAUAAACCCAUUUUCUGCAUCAUCA